AUGGCGCCAAAGAAAGUCGAACCAAAAAAGCCGGAGCCGAAGAAACCAGAGGCGAAGAAGGAAGCCACACCACCAGCCAAGCCCGCCCCUCCUCCCGAGCCAGAGCCGGUAGCCCCCAAAGAACCGGACUUCGACCCGAAAAGCAUCACCAUAGAGUACUCCUCGGACCAGAUCGAGGAGUUCAAAGAGGCGUUUACGUUGUUCGAUCGCACGCCGACCGGGGAGAUGAAGAUCACCUACGCGCAGUGCGGGGACGUGAUGCGGGCGCUGGGACAGAACCCGACCAACGCCGACGUCUUGAAGGUGUUGGGGAAGCCGCAGCCGGAGGACAUGAGCACAAAAAUGGUAGACUUUGAGACCUUCCUGCCCAUGCUGCAGCACAUCUCCCGAGCGAAAGACCAGGGGAACUUCGAGGACUUCGUGGAGGGCCUUAGAGUGUUUGACAAGGAGGGCAACGGGAGCAUCAUGGGGGCCGAGCUGAGGCACGUCCUGGCCACGCUGGGGGAGAGGAUGACGGAGGACGAGGUGGACAGGCUGAUGGCGGGGCAGGAGGACGCCAACGGCUGCAUUAACUACGCCUCUUUUGUUAAACACAUUCUCUCCGGUUAG